CGUAAGAAGCAUCUGGCAACCCAGAUCCCAUCUGUCACUUAUUCUGUCAUUGGGCAGGACACUAACAUUAUUAUUUUUAUGUUAGUAGCAAUAUUCUACGCAAGGCAAUAAACAAAGCUGUCAGUUAACACCAGGAAACAUGGGUUCGGGAGAGAGUACGACCAGGAAAGUGUCUUUCGGGGUCGACGAUGAGGACAGAGUCAGGAUUCUUCGUGGAGUCAAGCUAUCAGAAGAUGUUCUCCAGAGGAUGAGAGGUGUAGCCAACAUUGCUCCAGAACGCACAUCAUCAUCAACCUCAAGCCCUCAGAAAGACACAGGUGCCUCUAACAGCGCAAGCUCAAGCUCUCGACCCCAGCAGAGCCCACAGCACCGGGCCCAACCCAGCAACGGGUCCAACACUAGCAAACCGGCCUCCGACGCUAAGGAAGAACAGAAAAGGUAUGAACGCCAGCAGACAAUAUUGAAGGAGGAAUUGGCCAAAGUGGCACAGAGGGAGGAGAUGACUAAAGCCAUCAGCCGGGAAAGACAACACAAGCGGCAGGAAGCCGAGAAGGCCAAACAACUGCCUGCAGAUGAGAUAAAAGUGAUGGCUCAGCAGCUACAGAAGAAAGAUUCACAGCUGAAAGCGUUGGAUGCCUUCUACAAGGAGCAGCUGGCACAACUGGAAGAGAGGAAUUUGGAAAGAUAUGAACAGAGCAAGGAGCAAUUCCACCAAGCUGCCUCCAAGACGGAGGCAAACGUGAGCUCUCGCAACACAGACCCGGUGUGUCCUGGCCUGCAGGCUCAGAUUUUAUCCUGUUACAGGAGUAACAGGGACCAGACCCUAAAGUGUUCAGACCUGGCCAAAGAAUACAUGCAGUGUAUCGAUGCAGCAAAGAAGAAGCUGCUGGUCAACCACGGAUGAAGAGAGGGAGGAAAAGGUUAAAAUUGUUAUUUGACGAAGGCUUUUACUUUGGCACCGACAGCGGCACAUAUUUUAUUCCUGUUUUGAAAUAUGCCAGUUGAUUUGCUGUUAGCAUGCCUUGUUUUUUAAAACUUUCUUAUUAUGCUAUUUAUUUGCGGUAUCAUCCAGUAAAGUUGCUGUUAUUCUGCACAACUACAUUCUACAGGAAUGCUUUUGAAAAAAUAAAAGUUGUGUGUGUAUUAGAUUCAUGGUCAGAGUCAGUACACUUUCAAUUCAGUCAUUUACAACAUCAGCAGAAAGUAUUUCUGAGAUUUAAGUUGUAAAGAUCCAUUCAGGGUUAUUCAUCCUUCAUCUGAAUGUGAAUUUCAGUUUACGUCCGAACCUCUGCUGCUUUUGUUGAGAUGAAAAAAAAAAAGCGUUUCAGGUUUCAGGUGAAUCAAGUGCAUAGGGACCGUCCUUAUUUUGAUCUCUGAAUGAAAGUACUGAUUUACCUUUACUGCUUUAGAGUUUUAUGGUUUUGUAUUUUUUUAACAACACAGGAAUAAGCUCAGGUAACCCUGGCCAUGACUUCAAUUCAUCAGACCUGUGAUGUAUAGUAUGAUUUUAUUAAACCAUUCAUAUCCUGUGA